UUCACAGAGACGCAGUUUUCACCAGAGAUUCACACACAUACACACACACAUAUACACACACACACACACACACAAACACAAACACACACACACACAGGUUUCUGCAGGAGAAUCUGAAUGAAGUCAGAGACGUAGAAAUAAAGACGUGAUCGGUGUUGUUGGUCUGUGUUGUUGGUCGGUGUUGUUGGUAGGUGUUGUUGUUGGUGUUGUUGUUGUUGGUGUUGGUGUUGUUGGUCAGUGUUGUUGUUGGUCAGUGUUGUUGGUGUUGUUGGUCGUUGUUGGUCGGUGUUGUUGUUGGUAUUGUUGGUCAGUGUUGUUUGUGUUGUUGUUGGUCGGUGUUGUUGUUGGUGUUGUUGUCGGUGUUGUUGUUGGUAGGUGUUGUUGGUGUUGUUGUCGGUCGGUGUUGUUGUUGUUGGUGUUGUUGUUGGUCGGUGUUGUUUUUGGCCAGUGUUGUUGUUGGUCGGUGUUGUUUUUGGCCAGUGUUGUUGGUGUUGUUGGUCGUUGUUGGUUGAUGUUGUUGGUCGGUGUUGUUGGUCGGUGUUGUUGGUCGUUGUUGUUGGUUGGUGUUGUUGAUGUUGUUGGUUGGUGUUGUUGGUUGGUGUUGUUGGUCGGUGUUGUUGGUCGUUGUUGUUGUGGUGUUGUUGUUGGUGUUGUUGGUUGGUGUUGUGGUGUUGUUGUUGUUGCUUGGUGUUGUUGUUGGUGUUGUUGGUGUUGUUGUUGGUGUUGUUGGUCAGUGUUGUUGGUGUUGUUGGUCGGUGUUGUUGGUCGUUGUUGUUGUUGUUGGUGUUGUUGGUCGGUGUUGUUGGUGUUGUUGGUCGGUGUUGUUGUUGGUGGUGUUGUUGGUGUUGUUGGUCGGUGUUGUUGGUGGUGUUGUUGGUCUGUGUUGUUGGUGUUGUUGUUGGUCAGUGUUGUUGGUGUUGUUGGUCAGUGUUGUUGGUCAGUGUUGUUGGUGUUGUUGGUCGGUGUUGUUUGUCAGUGUUGUUGGUGUUGUUGGUGUUGUUGGUCAGUGUUGUUGGUGUUGUUGGUCGGUGUUGUUGGUUGGUGUUGUUGGUCAGUGUUGUUGGUCAGUGUUGUUGGUGUUGUUGGUCGGUGUUGUUGUUGGGGUUGUUAGUGUUGUUGGUAGGUGAUGUUGGUCAGUGAUGUUGGUGUUGUUGGUCGGUGUUGUUGGUCAGUCUUUUUGGUGUUGUUGGUCAGUGUUGUUGGUGUUGUUGAUCGAUGUUGUUGGUGUUGUUGGUUGGUGUUGUUGGUGUUGUUGGUAGGUGUUGUUGGUGUUGUUGGUGUUUUUGGUCAGUGUUGUUGUUGGUUGGUGUUGUUGUUCGUCAGUGUUGUUGUUGGUGUUGUUGGUGUUGUUGUAUGUGUUGUUGGUGUUGUUGUUGGUGUUGUUGGUUGGUGUUGUUGGUCAGUGUUGUUGGUAGGUGUUGUUGGUGUUGUUGGUCAGUGUUGUUGGUGUUGUUGGUCAGUGUUGUUGGUGUUGUUGGUCGGUGUUGUUGGUCGGUGUUGUUGGUGUUGUUGGUCAGUGUUGUUGGUCGGUGUUGUUGGUGUUGUUGUUGGUUGGUGUUGUUGGUCGGUGUUGUUGGUGUUGUUGUUGGUCUGUGUUGUUGGUGUUGUUGUUGGUCAGUGUUGUUGGUCAGUGUUGUUGGUGUUGUUGGUCAGUGUUGUUGGUCAGUGUUGUUGGUGUUGUUGGUCGGUAUUGUUUGUCAGUGUUGUUGGUGUUGUUGGUGUUGUUGGUCAGUGUUGUUGGUGUUGUUGGUCGGUGUUGUUGGUUGGUGUUGUUGGUCAGUGUUGUUGGUCAGUGUUGUUGGUGUUGUUGGUCGGUGUUGUUGGUGUUGUUGGUCAGUGUUGUUGGUCAGUGUUGUUGGUGUUGUUGGUCGGUGUUGUUAGUGUUGUUGGUAGGUGUUGUUGGUCAGUGUUGUUGGUCAGUGUUGUUGGUGUUGUUGGUCGGUGUUGUUGGUCAGUCUUUUUGGUGUUGUUGGUGUUGUUGGUCAGUGUUGUUGGUGUUGUUGAUCGAUGUUGUUGGUCUUGUUGGUUGGUGUUGUUGGUGUUGUUGGUAGGUGUUGUUGGUGUUGUUGGUGUUUUUGGUCAGUGUUGUUGUUGGUUGGUGUUGUUGUUCGUCAGUGUUGUUGUUGGUGUUGUUGGUGUUGUUGUUGGUGUUGUUGGUGUUGUUGUUGGUGUUGUUGGUGUUGUUGGUUGGUGUUGUUGGUGUUGUUGUUGGUCAGUGUUGUUGGUAGGUGUUGUUGGUGUUGUUGGUCAGUGUUGUUGGUGUUGUUGGUCAGUGUUGUUGGUGUUGUUGGUGUUGUUGGUCGGUGUUGUUGGUGUUGUUGGUCAGUGUUGUUGGUCGGUGUUGUUGGUGUUGUUGGUCAGUGUUGUUGGUGUUGUUGUUGGUGUUGUUGGUGUUGUUGGUGUUGUUGGGGUUGUUGGUCAGUGUUGUUGGUGUUGUUGGUGUUGUUGGUCAGUGUUGUUGGUGUUGUUGGUCGGUGUUGUUGGUCGUUGUUGUUGGUUGGUGUUGUUGGUUCAUGACUCAGAGCUGCUGGGGCUCCGCCUCCUCUCCCUGCCCAGCCCCCCACCCCCCUUUUGUUAUGAGGCACUAAUAAGACGUUUCCCCAAGGGUUUCCUCCCACCAGACAUUCACUGAAUUAUCUAACCAAUCAGAUUACUGCAUUAAUGACCAUAAUGUGGUUUUCCCAAUAAUGAAGUCACUGUGUGUUUUUGAACGCCGUGGUUCCCGUCAGCGCCGCAGGCUGAGCCACUGAGCGCCGUGUGUCUGUGAAUGUUCCUGGUCUCUGGACCUGCUGCUCGCUCCGGAGCGUUCCCUCACAGGUGUGGCGUCUUCCCCGCCAUCAUCAGGGCGUCCCUGCACACCUGUGUGGUUUGAGUGUUUUGCUGAGUUUGCAGAGGUGCUCAGGUGUCUCACCUGUCUGAUGAUGUCAUGACGCUCAGCUGUUUGACCUCAGAUAUCCCGGCGAGACGAGCUCAGUGAGCGCGUGUCUGAUUGGCCGGAUCGCAUAAUCGCAAGGAUCACAUGACAGUUCAGUCAAAGGAACCUCGUUGUUCAGAGUCUGAGUUUGUUCAUGAGAAUCAGAGCCGAGAGAUUUUAUUAGGAGAAACGCCGACCUCUGAGUGACCCCGCCCCCACACAAAAACACCCUCUGAGUGAGAGAGAGGGAGAGAGAGGGAGAGAGAGAGAGAGAGAGAGAGAGAGAGAGAGGGAGAGAGGGAGAGAGAGAGAGAGAAAGGGUCGCAGCAGAGCAGCGUUCGGUUAAAUUUUAGGGAAGUGAAAGAACGCCGUGAGGUCACUGAUGACCGUCUGAUUCUCUUCUUCUGUGGUCGUUUCUGUUUUAUGUGGAUUUGAUUCUGAACCAGAAACGUGUGUGUGUGUGUGUGGUGUGUGUGUGUGUGUGUGUGUGUGUGUGUGUGUGUGGACGGCUCUUUGAGUAAAAACUAAAACAGGAAGCUGCUGACCUGUCAGAGGGUUACUGUGAAAUCUGCCUCACCCCCAGAGAGAGAGAGAGAGAGAGAGAGAGAGAGAGAGAGAGAGAGAGAGAGAGAUUUGAAGCUGUUCUUGUGAUGGUCUCUCUCUCUCUCUCUCUCUCUCUCUCUCUCUCUCUCUCUCUCUCUCUCUCUCAGUUUGGACUCUGACCCGUUUGCUGGUCUCAGAUCUCAGUCAGUAGAACCAGUCCUCAUGUUGUGGAGAGUCCAGUCCAGGUCCAAACGGCCCGUAUUCUAAUGAGCCUUUAAUUAUUGAACAGUUAGUUUAACAUUCAGAACACUGAGCUGCACUGGUCAGAGCUGCUGGGAACACUGGGAGGAUAAUACACACACACACACACACACACACACACACACACACACACACACACACACGAGUGUCUCCGAGGUCUGAGUCCUCAUGAAUUAAACAUCAAAGAGCCGCAGGUGAGAUAGCACACCUGUCAGCCAAUCAGAAGAGAGGAGAGGAGAGGAAAGAAGAAGAAGAGAGGAGAGAAAGGAGAGAGGAAAGGAGGAAGGAGGAGAGAGGAGAGGAGGAAAGAGGUGAGGAGAGGAGAUCAGCUGAUUUUGUCCUCACACUGUAAACACACACUACAGGUCAAAAGUUUGGAAGUCUUUUUUUAACUCCAGCAUGAGUUUGAUGUUUUUUGUUGUUUUCAUGGAAAUUCACCAUUUUACUCCAUUUACCUUUAGAUAUACAUCGAUGUUAACAGACCAUUGCUAAAUAUAUGUCAGCUAAAGAUAAUAAGGGCUUAGUUUUAGGGUUGGAAACAUUUUCAAGAGUCACAACUUCAGUGCAAAAGCAAAAACAACAAAUCCCAGUUGGAUUAUUCACUUCAACUUUUUGUCUUUUGAGAAUCUGCAGACAAAAAUCCUAAUAAAUCUAUGAGUUCAAACUACCGCAGAAAUGGACAGAAAGUACAGAUUUGUACAUUGAGGAAAGAAGGAAACACAGAAAGAGAAAAACACCUAAAAGAAGGGGCUGUGUAUCUUCAAAAAAACACGACUUCAUCCACAGAGGAAGAAAAAGAGACAUGAGUGGGUAAAAACUCACAAAAACUGGACUAAUGAUGAUAGAAACAAGUUUGAACUGUUUGGUUCAAAACUCAGAGUCUAUGUCUGCAGACAAACUGGUGAACGUCUGAAAGCUCCAUGUGUUACACCCACAAUUCAGCAUGGAGGUGGUAGUUCAUGGUAUGGGGAUGUUUAUCAGGUGAUGGAGGAGGAGAUUAGUUUGAAGUAAAUCAUGAAGAAGGAACAGUACCACUCCAUCCUCCAGCACCAUGCUGUUCCAUCUGGACUCAGACUUGUGGCUCAGAAGUUUGUUUUGCAGUAAGACAAUGACCCUAAGCUCUCUGCCGAGCUCUGUCAGGGUUACCGAGACAAAAGAGAAGAGGAAGGUGUUCUUCAAAAGAUGGUUUGGACCCCUCAGUCUCCAGACCUUUCUCCAGUUGAGCUUGUGUGGAUGAAUCGGAUCAAUCGGUCAGAAAAACUCGUCCCUCGAAUCAGCGUCUCUUUUUAAUGAACUUCAGAAAGCUUGAAUGUAAUCCCUGGAACAGACCUUAGAAAACUUGGUGAACGAAUGCCUGGUAUAUGCCGAGCUGUUGUUAAAGCCAGAGGAGGUAACUUUAAAGAAAGUCUAACAACAAAAACUCAAAUACCUCAGAAUUAGAGUCAGAAUGUCUUCAGAUCAGUUACUCUUUACAGAAUAGUCAUGGUUACUGUGUUGAAAAUUAUAUUUAUGAAACUAUGAUCUUUGUUUGGACUAAUCUGAACUUGUUUCCAAACUUUUGGCCUGUAGUGUAGAUCAGCUGUUUCUGUCCUCACACUGUAAACACAGAUCAGCUGUUUUUGUCCUCACACUGUAAACACAGAUCAGCUGUUUUUGUCCUCACACUGUAAACACAGAUCAGCUGUUUUUGUCCUCUGUCUCUUGUCUUUAAGGAGGUAAAGUCGCCUGAAAGUCGGUUCUUCAGAUGAUGGUCCAUCUUUGACCUUCAGGACUCGUCUCUUUCUGUUUUUGUGUUUAGAGGAUUUUGGACCUGGAGGUUCCUGGUCUUUUUUGUGGUUCUUGUGAAUUUUCUGCUGUUGAAGAAGUUUUUUUGAAGGUCAGUCUUCAGGUCUGCUCAGAGUUUCUCCUCUGGUGGUCUGAUGGUCUGCAGGUCUUCAGGGAGGAAGUCCUCUGUCAGGAACUCUGAGGUGUCGAGUCGCAGCAGAGAGUGAAAUUACCGAAACAAAAUCCAGAGAUGUUUCUGAUGAGAUAUUGAUUAUAUUGAUUAUAUUGAUCUGUGGGUCCAUCAGAGAUGCGUUCAUGUUUAGGACCACAGAUUCUGGUUUUGACCUGACACAUUCUGGAUCAUUUUAAUCUAGAUUAUUAUUGACAUAAAGAACAGUCUGGAUUAUUUUAAUCUAGAUCAUUAUUGACAUAAAGAACAGUCUGGAUUAUUUUAAUCUAGAUUAUUAUUGACAUGAAGAACAGUCUGGAUUAUUUUAAUCUAGAUCAUUAUUGACAUAAAGAACAGUCUGGAUUAUUUUAUUCUAGAUUAUUAUUGACAUGAAGAACAGUCUGGAUUAUUUUAAUCUAGAUUAUUAUUGACAUAAAGAACAGUCUGGAUUAUUUUAAUCUAGAUUAUUAUUGACAUGAAGAACAGUCUGGAUUAUUUUAAUCUAGAUUAUUAUUGACAUGAAGAACAGUCUGGAUUAUUUUAAUCUAGAUUAUUAUUGACAUAAAGAACAGUCUGGAUUAUUUUAAUCUAGAUUAUUAUUGACAUGAAGAACAGUCUGGAUUAUUUUAAUCUAGAUCAUUAUUGACAUGAAGAACAGUCUGGAUUAUUUUAAUCUAGAUUAUUAUUGACAUAAAGAACAGUCUGGAUUAUUUUAAUCUAGAUUAUUAUUGACAUGAAGAACAGUCUGGAUUAUUUUAAUCUAGAUCAUUAUUGACAUAAAGAACAGUCUGGAUUAUUUUAAUCUAGAUUAUUAUUGACAUGAAGAACAGUCUGGAUUAUUUUAAUCUAGAUUAUUAUUGACAUAAAGAACAGUCUGGAUUAUUUUAAUCUAGACUAUUAUUGACAUGAAGAACAGUCUGGAUUAUUUUAAUCUAGAUUAUUAUUGACAUGAAGAACAGUCUGGAUUAUUUUAAUCUAGAUUAUUAUUGACAUAAAGAACAGUCUGGAUUAUUUUAAUCUAGAUUAUUAUUGACAUAAAGAACAGUCUGGAUCAUUUUAAUCUAGAUUAUUAUUGACAUAAAGAACAGUCUGGAUUAUUUUAAUCUAGAUUAUUAUUGACAAAGAACAGUCUGGAUUAUUUUAAUCUAGAUUAUUAUUGACAUGAAGAACAGUCUGGAUUAUUUUAAUCUAGAUUAUUAUUGACAUGAAGAACACGCCGUCUGUGAUGAAUGACUUAUUGAUUUUAAAGACAUACGACACGGUCCGUUCCUCCUUCACAUGUCCGUUUCCUGUUGGCGGUGACAAACAUGCCUGGAAUUCUUCUCGUCUUUCCUGGAGGUUAGAAAACGACCUCUGUGCCGCCAUCUCCACAAAGACACACAAAGACUCACAAAGCUGCUGCUGCUGAAGUGAAGGGUUAUUCAGUUUGUUCAGCGCUCUCUUCCCCAUCGGCUGUUUGCUUAGUAAUUCAACUCAGAUGUGCAGGAUCCAAAAACAUGUUUGCUUGAAUGAAACCCACCCUCCACCCUCCACCCUCCACCCACCCUGACCAGGAACUCGGCUUUUCUUAGCGCCGCUCCAAGUUGGUCAGCCAGGCGAGGUGCUGCCACCUCUCAGAAACUACCUGAAGAGACGCUCAGCUUCUCUCCUCAACACUCCUGUUUCCCUCCUCUCUAAACCCUCCUCCUCCUCCCUCCUCCUCCCUUCUCCUCCCUCCUCCUCCCACCUCCUCUUCAGACAUGUUAUUAACAGGCCCCUGUAUUAGAAGAGCAAGAUUUCUGUCUGUGGAUGAAGAGAGCACCAAUCAAUCGAUCAAUCGUUUUUUUCGUUCUAAACAGCUGAGUCUAUCGCAGCAGAAAAACUCGCCGCUCUCGUCCUCGACUGAAUUUAUUAGUUAAUGUAGAUUUUAUAAACGGGCUCAUAGAAUCAGAGAAUAAAUGUACGAAUCAUUUUUAAGUGUUUAUUCACUUCUAAACAAAAUAUGACCAUAAUUACAGACAUAUGAUCAUUUACUUCAUAUCUUCUCACCUAUUGAUCCGUAAUCACCCGAUCAUCCUCAUGUAUGUCCGUCCAUUCAAAGUGAGAGUGAAGUUAAAGUUGUCCAAAUGUCCCCCCCCCAUGGACGUCACAGACAUGGACUCCAGGUACCAUGUUGGACCUGAAUGUUCUGGAAGGGUAACAGGAACCAUGAUGUCUGUGUGUGUGUGUGUGUGUGUGUGUGUGUGUGUGUUUGGAUGGAGGAACCAUCUGGUUCCAGGUGUCUCUAUAUCGUCCAAUCAGGUCGAAGUGUUUAUAUUUAAAACCCGGCUCAUGUUCCUGCUGGUUUCCUUAUUACAGCCAUGAAAAGCAGACGUAUGGAGCCGUCAUGGGCCUCAGGAAUAGGACCCCCCCACACACACACACACACACACACACACACACACACACACACACAGGACGGCGUGUGAAAGAGAGCAUUGAUACCUGGGGGUGUGUUAGUCUAAAGUCAGAACCACAUGUUCUGCGUUCAGAGCUGCAGAAAACUCCAAAAAAGUCCAAAAAUGACAAAAAAGUUUUAAAGUCACAAAUGUUUUCAGAACAGGAGAAUCAGCGGGAUGAAUCCGCCGUCUUUGUCGCCGACAGACGGUCACUUUCAGACCCGGUUUCUCUUCACAGUUGGAGAUGAAACCAGAGCUUCAAACUUAGAAAUCUGUUUGGAGAGCUCGAUGGUGAAUUCCAGGAUAUGAAUAAUUAAAAGGCAUCAUUUCUAAUUCUCACUGAAGUGCUUCCCAAAAUGUGCUGGCACUCAGGUCGGGAGGUCUGGAGCCCAAAGCACAAUGCAGGAAAACUGCAGCGUGAAACAACGAAGCUCGGCUCAAAGCUCCACGACACGAGGGAGGUUCGAGAGCGUGUGUCUGCUCUGUCAAAGGCCGCUGUGUUCAGGAGCGCUCAUCUUCACACGCUUUGACCUCAAACGCUCGCAGUCUGGAGGAGCUAGAAAAGCAAAGUGAUCUUUAUUUAACCGAGUUUAACAGCCGUCAAUAUUUUCCUCCUCGCUGAGUCAGACGAUCAAAGAUCCGGAGAAACACGUUCAUAAAAAAGACAAAAGAGGAAAAGGUCGAAGUGAGCGUGAAAAAUAAAGAUCUGGAACAAUUCAGAGGGAGAGAGGGAGAGGGGGAGAGAGAGAGAGAGGGAGAGAGAGAGAGAGAGAGAGAGGGAGAGAGAGAAAGAAAGAGAGAGGGAGAGAGAGAGAGAGAGAGGGAGAGAGAGAAAGAAAGAGAGAGGGAGAGAGAGAGAGAGCAGACGUGUGAAUGCAGAGUCUGUUCCCCAGUCGACCACAUGGAGGGAGACCAGAGGGUGAGGAAGGGGGAGGAGGGAAGGAUACUGAAGAAAGGUUAGGCCAGAGGAACAAGACUCCUUUCUGCCCCACUUCCCCCGUCUCCCCCGUCUCCCCACCCAUAGACCCUCCCAUGUGACAAGUCGAGCCAACAAGCGCACCAUUCAACCAGGAGAGACCGCCAGGGCGAGUGAGCGAGCGAGUGAGUGAGUGAGUGAGCGAGUGAGUGAGUGAGCGAGUGAAAAUGGAGAGAGGCUGAAAUUCCUGCGAUUGUCUUCAUCACCUUUGACAGAAUUUACAUUUCAGGCAUUUUAAGAUUUUUAUAGUUUUAAAGUUUAAAAUUGUUUUAGUUCAAAAGUUUUAUAGUUAAAGUUUCACCGUUUAUAACUUCACGGAUUUAAAACUUAAGAGUUUUUAAGUUUUACAGACAAAUAUUUUGACAGAUUUAUAGAUUAAAGUUUUAUAGUUUAUCAUAGUUUUACAGUUUAAUAAAUCUUUAGUUUUAGAGUUCUACAGUCUACAUGAUUCACAGUUCUGUACAAUCGUCCGCAGUACUCUGUCGUCGCAGUAGUUGUUGUUGUUUUUGUAGUUUUUUACUGAUGUAGUUGCAGUGUUUGUUGUAGUCUCAUGUGUUUUCGUAGUUGUUUUUUUCCUGAAGAUGCAGUCUUCUUGUUGAUCAGCUGGUGUCGUGGCCGGCGUCUGUGCGGCGUCUGUCGGCGUCCGUCGGCGUCUGUGCGGCGUCUGUGUGGUGUCUGUGUGGUGUUGUUGUUGUUUGGUCCAGGUUUCUUCCGGUUCGGUGUCGAUGUUUCCUCUGUAGGUUUUGCUGCCUGAUCUUUACCAGCAGAGACCCAAAAUACACACACACACACACACACACACACACACACACACACACACACACACACACACACACACACCCUUGUUUGUCAGGUUCAGUGAAAUAUCGGUGUGUGUCCUCCUCACUAACAUCUCUUCGUUUGUCUGUCACCAACAGUCCAAUAAAGUUCCCGUAGUUCAACACGCCCACCAUGUC